UUGUAUGGAGCUGCACUCUAUUUGAACCCUGGGAAAUUCUUUGCCAUCCAAAAAAAAAGGAGAUGAUAGAUAUGUUGCAGAAUUGAGAAGUUGUUUCAAUGAUGUGCUUGCAAGGAUGGAACAAGAUGAGGUAGUUCGUGCUAAGAUUGAUGAUUAUGCCAUGCAUUAUGAGGACCAACGAGGACCUAUCUUUUCAAACAAGUUGGCACUCCAAAAUAUUCAAGCAAAAAGCCCACUUGAUUGGUGGCGUUCAUAUGGUGGCCGAGCCUUUGAACUUCAAAGAUUUGCAAAACGUGUGGUUGGUCUUUGUGCUUCAUCUUCCGGAUGUGAGAGGAAUUGGAGCACCUUCGAAUUUAUGCAUACAAAGAAAAGGAACCGGUUGUUACACAAGAGGUUAAAUGACUUGGUCUUUGUUUCAUACAACCGAAAGAUGCAAAGUAGAUUUAUAAAGAGGAAGGAGAAAGCUGGCACAAGUUAUGAUCCAUUAGUUAUUGAAGAUUUUGAUUGGGACAAUGAGUGGAUAGACUCAUCGGUUGUUCACAGAGAAGGUGGGAGCGACAAUGACCUUGUUGCCUUGACAUGGGAUCAUGUUGAUGAAGCUACUGGAGCAUCAGUGUCGCUUCGAGGUCGCAACCUUCCAAGGCAAGCUACUAGGCGGAACUACACUGAAGGCUCCCAAAGGCAUGGAAGGGCUAGGUUAGAAGAACCUGAAGAAGAUUCACAUGAUGGGGGUAGUGAAGACAUUGAGGACGAUCCACAUGAUGACAUAGAUGUGAGUGAUAGUGAUGAAGAGGUCGGUGGCGAAGAUGGUGAACAAAGCAUGGAUCCUCCCAUUCUCGAUGAGUUUGAUGAUGGAUAUUGAGAGUGGCUACUUGAGAUAUGAGAGCAUUAUCUAUUUGCUACUAUUUGCUACUAUUUGCUAUCUAUU